AUGUCUUCUGUAUUUGGAUCGGGAAAGAUACUAAAAUCCGAUGAAUUCCUCCACCAAAUCCAUGGUUUUAUACGAGUACACAAAGAUGGCCGAUGUGAAAGAUUGGUGGGCUACAAGACUUUGCCCACCGGAAUCGAUCCUUCAACCGGAGUCCACUCAAAAGACGUCGUCAUCUCGCCGGAAACCAACCUGUCUGCACGUCUUUACAUUCCCAAAACCACAACCCCAGAUCGGAAACUGCCUAUCUUGAUUUUCUUCCACGGCGGUGGUUUCAUAGUCGAAUCCGCCGCGUCUCCUAUCUACCACCCUACACUUAACCUUAUAACGGCGGAGUCCAACGUUAUCAUCGUCUCCGUUAACUACAGGCUGGCGCCGGAGCACCCUCUUCCCACCGGAUACAACGACUCGUGGGACGCGAUCAAGUGGGUAGCUACCCAUACUAAAGGCGGUGGUCCGGAGCCAUGGUUAAAUGACCAUGGCGAUUUUCAUAAGGUAUUUCUCGCCGGAGAUAGCGCCGGAGCAAAUAUCGCCCAUAACAUCGCAAUCCGGGCCGGGUCAGAACCGAUCGAAGCUAUUAACCUCGAGGGUGUCAUUCUUCUCCACCCGUAUUUCGGAGGAAAAGAUCCGAUUGGAUCCGAACUUGGGAAACAUAAGCAGCUUAAAGUGUAUACCGAUCAAUUCUGGAACUUGGCGAAUUCUUCAGGGAGUGGGUUGGAUGACCCGUGGUUUAACCCGGAAAAGGACCCGAAGCUUUCGGGUUUUGGUUGCUCCAAGAUUCUUGUAUGUGUUGCAGAAAAGGAUAGUUUUAGGGACAGGGGAUUGUAUUAUAAGGAAUUGAUGGAUAAAAGUGGAUGGCCUGGAAAAUUGGAGAUGAUGGAGUCAAAGGAAGAGGAUCAUGUGUUCUUUCUCUUCAAAACUUCUAGUCCUAAUGCUUGUACUCUGCGCAAAAGAAUUUGUACCUUCAUUAAUCAAGUUAAUAAUGCCUCUCGUUUCUGA